UGGAUCGCUGCCGUUUGAGAGAUUCAAUAGUUUUAUAAAUUCUACAAAUCUUCUCAAACGCUGUUUACUUUACAUCAAUUAUGAAGAACACUUUUACAAUAAAUGUGUUUGUAUUAUUUUAUCUUCAAUUUCAUUUGUGGGAUGAAGUGAAGUCAGUGACAGUGAUGGAGGGAGAUUCUGUCACACUACAUACUGGUCUUACUGACACACAGAGAUAUGAACAGAUAGUGUGGACGUUUGGAGAUGACGGUAUUGUUAUAGUGAAAGAUGACAGAGAAGACAAUAAGACCACAUUUACUCAUGAUGAGAUAUAUGAAGACAGACUGGAGCUGAACUAUCAGACCGGAUCUCUCACCAUCACAGAUGCCAGAAUCACAGACACUGGACUUUAUAAAGUAAAGAUCAGCGGCAGGAAGAGGACCGAACACAAGGGAUUUAGUGUCACUGUCAGUGCAUCAGGUAUAUCUUCAGGUGGUGUAGCAGGUAUAGUUAUUGUUGUUCUGCUGGUCGUGUCUGGAGCUGUCGGUGUGUUUGUGUUUUUCAUUCGCCACAGAACCUCUGAACUAAAAAAACAAAAUGAUGUAUUAAGUGAUAACUCAGUGUCAAUGAAGACGGGAGAUUCUGUCAUUCUACACACGGAUGUUAAAGAAAUACAGAAAGAUGAUGAGAUAACGUGGAUGUUUGAAGACACAUCAAUAGCUAAAAUGAAGGGAGAUCAAACUAUUGAAAAUAUCGAUGAAAGAUUCAGAGACAAACUGAAGCUGGACCCUCAGACUGGAUCUCUCAUCAUCAAAGACACAAAAACUGAACACACUGGACUAUACAAAGUAAAGAUGAGACUUCAAGAUGUGACAUCAACCCAGAUAUUCAGUGUUUCUGAGAGUGAUAAACUGUCUGUGAAUGAAGGAGAUUCUUUUACUUUAAGCUCUGGUCAGACUGAACUAGGAGACAAUGUCAUGACAUGGAGGUUUAAAGACAAACAUAUAGCUACAGUCAGUAAACAUCAGACAUCUGUUUGUGAUGAAGAGAGAUUCAAAGACAGAGUUCAUGUGGAUCCUCAAAUUGGAUCUCUGACCGUCACAAACAGCAAAACUGAAGACUCUGGACUUUAUCAACUAAAGAUCAGCACAGAGAAAUCAGAAAGAAAAUUCACUGUUACUGUCCGUGAGAACAUUAGGAAGGUGUCAGUGAUAAAGGGAGAAUCUUUCACUCUCAACACUGGAGUUGCUUUCAUACAGAGGCCUGAUAUGAUCAAGUGGAUGUUUAAACACAAGUGUAUAGCUGAAAUGAUUGGAAAAAGACCUGAUGUUGCUGCUGCUGUUGAUAAAGAUGAAAGAUUCACAGACAGACUGGAGCUGGACCAUCAGACUGGAUCUCUCAACGUCACAAACACCAGAACCACAGACUCUGGACUUUAUACACUGAAGAUCGACUCUGAGGAUUCAGAAUGGAAAUUCAGUGUCACUGUCAGAGGCCGGGCUCCUUGGAAAAAACGUCCAGAGCAGAAAGAAGAAGAUGAGUCAAAGCUUCCAAUGAUUCCGGUCUCAUUCAGCAGAAUGGAUAAGCAGACAGGUCAUUUAGGUGAAUUCUCUGGUGUGUUGCUGCCAGCCUUUUCUCCUGACACCUUUCACAGACCCCCAGGAAGCACAGCAGGCCUACAACCAUGCCAGGACCAGGGCCAGAGUUGAAAUGACCUUUGGCCUCCUGAAGGCACGCUCUCACUGCCUUCACAAAUCAAGGGUCAGCCCUGUUAGGGCAUGUGAUAUUACUGUGGCUUGUGCGGUCCUCCCCAAUGUGGCCUGCCUGAGGAAGGAGAGGGCCCCCAGAGUGCCACCAGCCAUGGAAUGGGACAAUCCGGCAAUCUUCCCUGAUGACGACAGUGGUCGGCUGCUGAGGGACCAAUAUGUGUUGAAUUAUUUUAGUUAGUAUGUGUGCUUUCAAUUUUGGUUAAAUAUGUCCUGCGGUGGCAGAGGAAUUUGGGUUUUUUUGGGUUCGUUUUUUAAGAAUUUGGCCUCUUAUGAUGUGUGUGCGGUAUACUGUGUGUAAUACAAGGCUGCAGGGAGGCUACUGCAUCCAUUCAUUUGUCUGUUCAGUUGAUGUGUAUGGAUUUGUCCUGCAUUUAUUUUAGUGUGCAGACAUGCAGGGUGUGUUAUAUACAGACCUUUGAAUGUAUAUGUAUCAUUUUGUAUAAUAUGCUUUGAUUCUGUGCUUUCCAUCUUGUAGAGUCACUGUGACUUCAGUUUCAAAAGGAGCUGAUGGUUUACCUGCUUUGUUUUGUCCUUAUUCAAUAAAGGAACAUAAUGUUACACAUUGUGUUUUUAUGUUUAUAUGGAAUGUGUAUUUGUUUAUAUGACAGAGUACUAGGGCCACACUGAGGAAAAAGGAUAAAGUCAUAAAUUUAUGAGGCUGGUUCUUUCUGCAGAAAAGCUACAUAUUCUUUUUACAGUUUUGAUACUUAUGACAAUGUGAUACUUAA